AUGGACGACGUUGACCUUCGCGAGCAGCUUCUUGAUCGUCGACUGCAGUUGACAGAAGGUCUCGCCGGCCUGCCCUAUGACUUAAUACUCUACCUUCAACGUGCCGUCGUUCACUCCGACCUGGGCUACCCGGAUCUCGCCGCCGGUGAUGCCUACAAGGCAUUGUUGUUAACUGACGAAGUAUGCAAUGAAGGGUUCGAAUACCAUGAAAAGGCUAUGGAGAGCCUGUUGAUGCACACAUGCAUUCCCUUUCCUGAGGUGAUGACUUUCGGAGACCUUCCUGAGGAGUGGUCGCCGGCUGUCGUCGAAAGCCUGGGUGGUGGUGAAGAAGCUGCACGUCGACUCGCCGGUCUUGCCUCUAUUCGAGCUUACCAGGUUUUAGCAUUGAGUCUACUCCUCUGCGGAUGCUUGAAAAGUGCCUCCAGCUUUUGCGAACGAGGUUUAAAGCUCGCCCCACAGAAUAAAGAACUUCUCAAUACACAAUCUCACAUAAAGACUGUGGCCCGACGUCGACUGCGACGCGAUGACUUUGACACAAACGACUUGCCAGACUUUGGCGUGGUUCGUCGAGAGGUUUAUCCAUGGAAUGACCAUGAACCCGACCGUUUUGCGCAAGAGUCUUUGGAUACCUUGAAUGCAGACCUCAAGACAAUGGCCCCGAAAUGCGCGGUACAGGUUGCCACAUUGCCCGUUCUGUUGGAAGGGGCAAGCAACACAGACCAUUACGACGUAAUUCCAACUUGCAAGCAGCUCGGUGUGUUUGCGGUUGAAGAUAUAGAACCGGGAGAGGACGUGCUGCGCGAAUACUCGCUACUGACAGCGAACAAUCGGUUAAAGGAUCCCGUUUGUGACGCAUGCAGCUCCGAUCUUCCACCCCUUGACAGUGAAAACAAGGCUGUGAAUUGCGAUGAGUGCUAUGACACUGUUUACUGCAGUCAAUACUGCCACGAUAUUGCACAGGAGCGCUACCAUCCAGCUGUUUGCGAGAAGGAUGUCGACGCCAUAGCCAAGGAUCCCGAAGCCUCCGAGGCAGACGAGACGCUAUACCUCCUUUUGCUCUCUCGCGUACUGGCAUUAGCUGCUCAUCAAGAAAUCCAUCCCCUUGAUGUACGGGAAGUCCGAUUCAUCUGGGGAGAUUUCGUACCAACCGCUACCAACGACAUCGAUAUAUCGCCCAAUGCCGGCCCACCACCAGAGUGGACAUUGCCGUUUUCUUUCAAAUACAGCAUCGAGACGCCACUCCAUGUACUGGAAAAGAUGGAUAUUGACAUAUAUACGUCUCUUCCCCAAUACGACUUUUGGGUACUGAAUACCCUAUACGCCAAGUUCCGCGGCACAGCAUCAGCACGGAAGAACCCCCGGGACGGACGUCCAGAUGUGGCAGCAGUCCAUCCAUACUGGUGCCUUGCCAACCACGAUUGCGACCCCAACGUCACCUGGGACUGGGGUGGGCGCAUGGUCCUAUGGGCUCGCAAGGAGCGGGUUGUCGGCGGCCAAUCCGGAGGCAUCAAGAAGGGCGAGGAGAUCCUGAACCAUUAUUGCGAUGUUUCUCUGUCCGUACAGCAACGACGAGAAUGGGCUCGAGGAAGCCUAGGAGGGUGGUGCAUGUGCAAACGUUGUCGAGACGAAGCCACUCAGAACGGCAUCGAAGGACCCUAA